AAUCCUGUAUUUGAUCAAAUAUCACAACCACCAUUUCAUUAUUCCGCUCAAGAGAAAGGAAGGAAAAUGGCGUCGACUCUAGCCGAAUGGAGGGAUAGUGAGUGCAGUUAUUCAGUUUUGCUUUCAUACUGCCURCUGUCACUAGUUGAAUGCGUUGUUGCCGCUGCAUAUCACGCCUUGCUCUUUGCUAYGCAUCCAUUGCCGUUCCGUUCUGAUCAGCGCGUUAAUUCGUCAAUUUUUUCGUUCUUUAUUUAUUGUUCUCUUUUCUUGACAAGAAUCUAUAUGUGUCGUCACUGGCGAUGGUCGAAUUAUUUUGGGGUAUUUAGUAGGGCACGAUCAGGUGCAAAACCUGAUCUUGAACGAAGCGAAAGAGCGGGUGUAUUCGGUCGGUUCGCCCCCCGAGAUUGUGGAAUUAGGUCUCUAUGUCAUUCGGGGAGACAAUGUCUGUCUUGUAGCGGAGUACGACGAAGAUCUUUGGACAGAUGAGGCAGUGGCACCAUUAGCACCAAUACGGCAGAGAGAAAAAAUAUAACAUUCCAUGGAGAAUCAAUGACGAGGGUCAACCAAAGGGGAAGGAUGAUGUCCUCACUGUACUCACGGAGCUUUCGCAGUGGUAUAUCAUUCCAUUUGUUCCAUGAAUGCGUUGCGGUCAAAGCAUUUCACCGUUCCAAUUUAUCAAUGACAUCGAAAAGCUUGCAUUUCGGAGAUGGUAUUCAAGUCCUAAACAACAUGGAAYUCGCUUUCUACAAAAACAUUUGUUUCCAUUUUUCCGUUGAGAAAAUAAAACAAGAAWGAKUUU